UCUGUUCAUUCCAAAAAACUGGAGCCAUGGUCUCAGUGGAGUUCCCAGCAGAAUGGGACGAUGAAGGUGUGCUCGGUAACCAUGGAGUCUACAGUGAAGAAAGCUACCAAGAAGGCGAUGUGGACGACACAUACGAGCAAGACGAGCAAGAGGCUGGUGAUGGCACGGACGUCACGUUUGACAUGCAGAAUGAGAAUGAGAACCAAGACCAUGACGACACCCACGAGGAUGCACAGGAUGAUCCUGAUGAGUUCGAGGAAGUCGCUGAGGAGAUCGAGGAUCAGGAUUCCUACGAAGCACAGGAAGAAGAUGUCGAACAGGCCGAGACUGACAGAGACAACCACGGCUGGGAUAGUGUCAACUACGAGUCGUCCAGAAAGCGGAACAGAUCUGGUCAGAAGUGGGGCGCGUGGCACCAGCGCGAGCACUGGUCAGAGCACACCAAGAAGGAGCCCACUGACAACCAGGAACAACCCAGCCAAGUGCAGAUGUUUAUUCGUUCAAAGCAUGGAGACUACCAUAUUCAGAUGCCAGUGCCAACGCAACCUGCAGAGUCCUUGCAAACUGCUCCCAAGGUGCAGAAGCUCCCAGCCAGGCAUUCGCAGGCCGCGCAGGCCGCUCAGGCCGCGCAGGCCGUGCAGGUGGUUCAUCCUUGGCAUACGGAGGUCACCAGCUCUGAGCCCGAGCAGCGCGAGCAGCGCAUCUGGCCGGCAGGGCUUGCCUCAUCCUUGAAGAAAGGUGGUAAGGGCAGCAAAACGAAGGGCGGCAAAGGCAAAACAAAGGAUACCAAGGGAUCCAAGGGAUCCAAGGGAUCCAAGGGAUCCAAGGGAUCCAAGGGCAAGGGCAAAACAAAAGAUGCGGCAGGUAAAGGAAAGAGGCCUGUGCUGCUGCCGGAGCCACUGCUUCCUGAUACUGCUAGAGGUCUCCCACGAGGACUAGUAGCCGGACCGCCCGCAGGUCCCACAAGACCAAAACUAGUCGGACCACCCACAGGUCCAGGCAACUCUGCCAAAGGGCCGCAACUACACGUUCCUGCACAACAAACAGGUCCCACAAGACCAAAACUAGUCGGACCACCCACAGGUCCAGGCAACUCUGACAAAGGGCCGCAACUACACGUUCCUGCACGACAAACAGGUCCCACAAGACCAAAACUGGCCGGACCACCCACAGGUCCAGGCAACUCUGCCAAAGGGCCGCAACUACACGUUCCUGCAAGACAAACAGGUCCACGAGCGGUGCCAGCCAGACCUGAAGGUGCAAAGCGACCGUUGGGGGUUGGUGCGAGUCACCUAGGUGAGGGCUUCAAAGCUGAGCCACGGGCACCAACUCCGCAGCUCCAGGAGCAGCAACGCACAGCACAGCCGAAAACUGUGACGAUGAAGGUCGUUCUGAAGCCUGUGGUAGCAGAGAAACUGAAGCAAUUAAAUUCUCGAGGUGUGAAGCUAACGCCCGAAGCCCUGCGGGGCUUGGCAGCAGCUGAUGCGAAAGAUGCAGAAGUGCUGAUGCAGGCGUUGUUGAGUCGUGGAGAGGUGCCCAACCCCUCAAACUUUAUCACAGCUAGCUUGGCCAACCUGGCCAAGAGACAGGCCACUGCUCCCAUUGAGCAAAGCCACUCAGUCCAGCACCAGCCUGCGGCGGCCCGUGCGGCCCCGGCUUCAGCUGGAACCUCUGCAGCUAAAGUCCUUCCCAGAGGGAAGGGGCCAAAGGGGCCGAAGGGGCCGAAAGGGCCCAAGUUCUCCGGAGCCGGCGCCGGUCCUGCUGGCUCCGGCCCGCGCACGGCACCUGUGGCAUCACCGAAGGUGCCAGGACAGGGCCAGCCCCCGAAGCGACGCACCGCCGAUUUGCCUUUCGAGCGACUUGCUGUGCAGGCAAAACUCUUUGCAGUCAACAAGCAGGGCAUUUGGGCCAAGCAAGGCAAAGCCUUGGACGAGUCGGCGCUCUCUGCAUUGAUGCAAAUCGAGCCUGAACCAUUGUCACGCCACAGUUAUCUCUCUGUGGUGUGCGAUCUGUGGUGUGCAAUGACAUCCGCAUCCGCAGCUGCGAUGUGGGACACUGGCACCAUUAUGUUCGUGGCGUUGCUGCUCUUGUUCAUUUGGCGCUUCUUCUUUCCCUUCGCGUUUCUGACAGAGCGAAUACAACAAGCCAACUACACAUUCGUACUUUAUGCCCUGCUCUUCUUCCUCUUCAUUUACAACUCCGUGAUUUUUAUCUCCACGGCUUUGGAGCAGGAUGGAAAGGCUGGCUGGUCCGGUUUGCCAAAGUGGCUUCACCCCUUGACCUUGAGCACAACUGGGACAUAUUUCAUCACCCUCCUGAUGUGCUUCGUCCAGUCUGGUCAACAUCUUCUUCUGGUUCGCUCAGGCGUAGCUGCCAAGCACCAUGAUCAGGUGCUUCAAGUGAUUGCGCUUCCGGCGGUUUAUGGCGGCAUGGCAUACAGCAGCAUGACGCGGCUGUAUCAAUUUCAUGUGCAGAGUUAUGUGGACACACCGAGCAUCCUGCAGCUCCCCCCCUCCCAACAAGAGAGCAUCGCAAUAUCCAGGAGUGAAACCUGCUUCUUUGUUGGCGACAUGUUUGAGUCCUGGACUUUGUACCACUUUGGUAAGAUGACUCUGGAUGUCGUAGAGGCUUCCAUUCAGAGGCAACGGCAGAGCAGCGAGCUUGAUCAACAAGCUGAAGCACGAGGCAUGUUGACCUCACAUGCUGCAGUGUGGGCGAUGGUUUGGGCGAGUGUGAUGAUGUUUCUUCUCGUUUCCUUUGCUGAGACUGGGUGGUCGUUGUAUUUGUUGAAUUUUGCUGCUGUGAAUUCCACUGAAGAGUUCGACAACUCUUUGACGGUCUUCACGGGUGCUGGUUUCGUGGCCUCUGGCGUGGCAUUGUGGAACAUCGCUGUGGUCGAGAGAACAUUCCACAAGAACUUGGAAGGCUAUAGCCCAUUGCUGAAGUUCAUCACAGUCAAGAUCCUGGUGUCCUUCGCAUAUUUCCAGAAAGGAUGCUUCUACAUCCUGCAAGCUCUGCAGCACACUCUACCAAAGGAGGGGCAAAAACUGGCAAAGUCAGUCCCUUUUUUUGGUCAGAUUAUGGAAAUGGACGAUGCUCACUUUGAGCUCUUCUACUCGACACUGAUGGUGUCAGAGUGCUUCCUAGUGUCCGGACUACACCUGAUUGCAUGGCAAGCAUCAGAGGACUGGUAUGAGAAGGCUCUCAUCAUCGACGAGACCAGCCGGUUGAUGCCAGAAAAGUCCGAAGAUAAAGCGUAG